UAUUAUUUAUAUAUGAAAAUUUUGUAAAAGUAAAUAUAUAUAAAUUAUAAUUAUUAGUUUAAAUUAAAAUAUGUUUUGUUAUGAUGAAGAUGAAUUGGAACCAAGACUUACACCAAAACCUGCAUCUAAACUUGAUUGUUUUACGGUGCCAUCAGUUCCUGAAGUUUCUUUAAUAUUUGAUAAACCUUUGAGUUUUAAGACUACAGAAAAUACAAAUUUUCGUUCACCAGCCAUAAAACCUAAGAGUUUAAUAUGUAAAAAUAAUAGUUCUUCUUCGUUAAAUGUUAAUGGAUCAUAUGCAGCUUGGAAAGAACAAAAUUAUUCAUGGAAACAUCCAUCUUCUUAUACAAUUCCUCAUCAUAAAGAACAAUCUGAACAGAAUUACAUCAUACAUUCUUAUUUAGUAGAGGAUAAUACUAUAAAUACUUCAAAUAAAUCUAAAGAAAAAAAUGACACUUCGAGAACAGAUAUUUAUAAUUCUUCACAAAGUAAAGAAAUAAAUAGAAAAAUUGAUGAUUGUUUUCAUAAAUAUAAUUAUGAAAUAUCUGAGAAUAAUGUAACUCAUAUAGAAAGAAAACAGGAUACAGAAUACAAUGAAAAAAGAAUAGAUUCUAUGUCUGCUAUGUCACAUAUUAAUAAGCCUGGCAUUAAUGCUGACAAUUAUAUUAUUAAUGAAAACGAAUAUUCUCCAUCAUUACACAAAAGAAAGCUGAUAACUAAUAAUUCUAAACAAAAAAUUCCAUAUAAUGAUUCAAUUUCUGAAUCAAAUAUACAAAAUUUAUCUAUUAAUCCAAAUAAAUUACAACAAAGUGAAUUUCAAUUACCACAUUAUUUAGGACAAUAUCCUUAUUUUAAUAUGAAUUCAUAUUCAUUUCCUCAACUUCAUCCAUAUUCUACUCACAACACGGAUAAUCAAGAAACAUUGAAGAAUUUAUUACAGAUUAUAAAUAGUCAAAACGAACAAAUUAAAUCUUUACAAAUACAAAUAGAUAGAUUAUUGAAAAUGCAAGAAGAAAAUUUAAGAGAAAAGAAAAAAUGUUCUUGUUCAUUUCAAUCACAAGAACAUGAUCAAUUAUAUGCGAAUUCUAAUAAUAUUUUAGAUGUUUCUAAUUAUGUUACUGUACCAGAAAAUACAAAAAAAAAUAUAUAUCAAAAAGAAUCUCUUAAAGAUAAAAGAAAAGAUAAUUAUAAUGAAAAUGAAAAUAUAAAUCAAAAUGAAUUGAUAUUAACAGAUGCACAAUCAAAAAAAACAUUUAUGGAAAAAAAAGUUUCAAUUGGCGUAAUGACAAGUUUUGAAUUUACUGUACAAAAUAAUCCUUUUACAAUGGAUAUUGAAAAUUAUGAAAAAAAAGAUAGCCAACAAGAAAAUUUUAAAAUGUGUAAUAGUGUUUGUCUUGACACCAAUGAAUCAUUAAGAAGAUAUAAGAAUUCUUUUACCCGAAUACCUAGUGCACAAUUAGAAAAUAUAGUUGAAGAUUCAGAAAGUUAUAUGUCAUCUAGUCAACAACAAAGCAGUAACUUAAAUGCAAGUACUUUUACAAAAGAUUUAGAGAAACAAGCAUUAGAUGUACAAAGAGAAACACAUAUUCAUAGAUCUGAAUCUCCAAAAUUGUGUAAAGAUAUAGCAACAAAAUUAAAUGAAACUGAAAAUAAAAUAAAAAAACAUUUAAAAAAUUCUACAGAAGAAGAAAUAGAUUAUAAAACUAUAAAAACAUCAAUGAUACAAAAAAAUGCAGAAAAUGCUGAAAAUCAUAUUCAAAAAAAUAGAAAGUUUAAAGAAAAUAUUCUUACUAAUAUGAAUCAAAAUAAACAAAAUAUACGAGAUAAUGAAUCUAUACAAACAAGUAACUUUGUAAAUAAAUCUAGUUAUUGUAAUGAUCCUCAAAAAGAAGGACAGAUUUCUAGAUUUAAACAAAUCAAUAGUAUUGAAGAUAGUUUGAUUUUAAAUGGUGAUGAUUUGAAGAUAAAUGAAAGACCACUUACUCCAGAACCUAGUAUUCAUGUUGAAAUGAAUGAGUAUUCUAGUGAUGAUGACAGCGAACAUGUUAAACAUAGUUCAAAAGUGGGCUGGACAUUUUACAAUAAUGUUAUUGGACGAGUAAAUCAAUUAUUGCAAAAUUCUUGUAUUAUAGAUGAUCAACAACAAAAACAAACAAAAAUAAAUCAAAAUGAACGAGAUGAAAUUGAAAAUAAAACAGUAUUAGAUACUGUAAAAGUAGCUACAUUAGAACAACUUAAAAAGCUUGGAAUUAGUUUACAUGAAAAUUCAGAAGUAAAGGAAUCAAACAAUAGCAACAAGAAAGCAUUUGAUUUAUCAUUCUAUCCGCGUUUGGAUUACCAAACAAAUAUGACACAAACUACAAGUGCUGUAAAUGAAACAAAUACAAGUAUGCAUAUGAAAGCAUUAGCUUUAAAAUAUUUAACUGAUGAACAACUUGCUGAAUUAGCAGUACAAAGACAAAGUUCAUCUCUUCAGCAUCUCAUGGUUAGCAAUGUUCAAGGUACAAACAUGUCUUUUGCCACAAUGCGUUAUUUAGAAAGAUAUCAACUACUUCCAGGAAAAAAUAAUAUUCAAGUAGAAGAUAUUGGUAAAAAUGAUGGAUCUCCAAAAGUUGAUCUAAAAAUUACAGAUUCAAAAAGUAAUCUGAAAACAGUACAACAUUUUCCAUUUAACCAAACACCUAGAACAACUUGUCCCAGUAAGAUUUUAGAUAUUUCGACUUUAAAACGGCAACCUAAACUUUUAUAAAAAAAAAA